AUGGCCUACUACGCCAUCCCGCUCGUGUCCGUCAUGUUCGCCGGGCGCCUCGGCGACCUGCAGCUCGCCGCCGCCUGGAGACGCUGUGCGGGCAAGGCACCGGCACUGCCGGCCAUCAACGACAGCGCGGCGGCAUCCUCCGGUGGGGCGGCACCGGACCCGGAGUUCCCCGUCCUGCCGGCCAUCAACGACAGCACGGCGGCGGACGCGUACACGUCGCGCCUACGGUCGCUCGCCAGCGAGGAGCACCCGGUGAACGUGCCUCGCCACGUCCAGGAGCACAUGCUCGUCACCCUCGCGGUGAACAUGAUCGUGUGCUCACCCAACGAGCACUGCCAGGGACCCCGAUGGGGACGUUGCAUGUCUCAGAUUGGCCCCCGUCUUGGUUUGGCACCACGCUCCGCCAUGUAG